GCAAUAUGCGGGGCAUGGCCGGACGGCCCAUCAAAGCACAUUGUUGGCUGUAAAAAAACCAAGAAAUGAUUGCCCCAAGAAAAACAUGCUAUUGUGACUUAGGGCGAUGAAAACACGCUCAAUCUAACAAUCUGCUCUCGUCAACAGGAUGGAGCCUCCGUCAUCAUCCCGAGACCUCAAGGAGCCUGCCAGCACCGUGCUGCUCACUUCGACCACUCCAGCCGCCUCAGCCGCUCUACACGAGUUCUUCACGGCGGGACAAGCGGUGCGGAGCUACGCUGCUGUCCAAUUCAAAGGCCCAACUCCAACCUUCGAUGACAUCAAGAGCGUCCCAGCGGCCCUCCCACCUCUCCCAAAUGCAGGCGGCGUGCGUGGAGGGCGGGCUUCAUAUGCCGCUCAGCAAGGACUCGAUGAGUUCUUCUUUGACUACGGGCUGGCCUUCAGCCUGCGGCAGACAGAAGCCUUUGCUCGGAGCGGGUUUGGCACCGCCUGCAUGGGCAGCACGUGCCAUGGGAAGAACCCAAUCUACGUCCGAGGUCAAGAGCCUUUCAUCUGGGAACAAAAGCGCAACAGAGGUGGGGCGGUCAUCUGUUCGGGCGCUGGUGGGCAUCUCCUGUGCCUUCGUUGUGUUGAGGCCGAGUACGUCGGAGGACGGCCCUUUGUAUCAAAGAAGACCGGAUGCGCCAUCCCUCAAGGGGGCCUGUUCACCAAAAUCGAGGUCUUUCCUGAGAGAAAGGAGCUGUGCCUGGCACGAUCAGGGGAGGCGGCUACAGAGGGUGGGUGUCAGUUCUUCGUCCAGCGAAGAGACCUCGCUCCUUGCCCAUAUUGCACCGAGCCAAAGGCGACUUCGAAGCGGGGGGUCAAGAGGGGGCUUGAAGAGGGGCCGACACCUUUAGAGCUUGGGGCGAUGGCCAUCCUAGCAGAGCUCGCACGGAGCAAGAUUCCACCAAUGGCCAUUGCCCCUGGCCUCUUCUUGGUACCGCAUCUGGCCUCGGACGGGCGCCUUUUGGACAUCUCAGUAACGGACAAGGGGCUCGUGAACGUGCCUCGACUCUGAUGCACGGCUGGUGGCAAGGGGGUGCCGCCGACUUCACCUCCUUCAAUGAGAGUCGGUCCUUUGUGCACGAGGUCACAAGGGGGGGCAUGCAGUCUGACUGGGUGUUGCCACU